CAUUAAAUCCCGAGAGCCAACAGCGCACUCACGCCAUUGAGGGAGAAAUGAAGCCGUUGCUUCGGCUAUCAGACACCAUUUCAUUGCAUUCUCGCCUCUUAAUCCCUCGCCUUUUUCUCUCUUCUUUUUCUCUCUCCUCCCCUACUGCCUUCCAAAUCCCAGGGCACAAGGAAGUUAGGGCACCUUCUCUUCUCUCGAACCAGAGGUUCCUCUGCUCCUGUGCAAGAAUGGAGGAGCAAUUUGAGAGUUUCAGGCAGCAGCUUGAGGAGUCGGGUGGAGUUAGAGAGAGAAUAAGAGCGGUGGCCAUGGAGAUUGAGUCUUGUAUCAGGUUUAUGCACUCCAGUCUCCUCCUUGUUCACCAUUCGCUCCCCUCUCCAGAGGUACUUGAGAAGGCUAAAGCCCAAAUUAGUACCCUUAGGGAUCUUUAUCAGAGACUUUCCGAGAUUCUACGUGAAUGUCCAGGUCAAUAUUAUAGGUAUCAUGGAGAUUGGAGAAGCGAGACACAGACAGUGGUUUCAUUGUUGGCAUUUUUACAUUGGCUUGAAACUGGCAAUCUUCUUAUGCAUACUGAAGUAGAGGAUAAACUUGGAUUGGACGCAUCAGAUUUUGGCCUUGACAUUGAAGAUUAUCUAAUUGGUCUCUGUUUCAUGGCCAAUGAAUUGCCCAGGUAUGUGGUUAAUCAAGUAACAGCUGGGGACUAUGAUUGCCCAAGAAGAGUAUUAAAGUUUUUGACGGAACUGCAUGCUGCUUUUAGAAUGCUUAACCUUCGAAAUGACUUCCUUCGUAAGAAGUUUGAUGGCAUGAAAUAUGAUUUGAGAAGGGUUGAGGAGGUUUUCUACGAUGUCAAGAUCCGAGGCUUGGCCAAGGAUGCAAAAUUGGAGGGCACUCAACCAUCUGAUAGUUGAAUGGUCAGUAAGAUGCCAAGUUUUUGUAUGUUUCUCUUUUGGAGACUACCAGCUCGUUUUUAUCAGUGUCAAUGGAUUCUUGGUCGGGAUUCUUACCCAUUUGUGAUACCUAUUGUUCUAAUCGUAGUUACAGGGAUUGCCCAGCCAAAAUCCGGAUCCUACCCUUGAGGGAGGAGAAUUUUGCUCCUCCAUGAUCUGUACAUUUUGAAAUUUCAAUUAUCUUGAGUUACACAGAA